AUGGGACAAGUCCCGCAAUCAGGGGUAGCCAACUCACGGCCGUAUACACAGGUGCUGUCGGAGUACCAGGCUGCCGGACAGUAUAGAUCGUGCAAUCAAGGAGGUACCGCGUGUAUCAGCCCUAAUCGGUGCCCAAUCAGUGGACGUGUCAGCCCGCGCCAGUGUCCAGCGAAUGAAGUGUGCUGUAGGAAUAUUGCCACCCUACCACCAACGACCCUGUCACCCUGCACUGGUACCGGACUCGGUUGUGUGUCGACAUGUAAUACGCUUGUUAUUCCCCGCUCUUGCCCAGGUGCUCUGAUGUGCUGUAUUGAUCCUUCCGGAUAACUGAUGGAGAGAAAACACGAUGGUGGGAAGUAUUCAGAGC